GCGAGCUCACAAUAACACAGAUUUCGUGCCAACAACACUGCACUGCCACACGUUUGUGCACGAAAAAAUGAAAACUGCCAUCAUCCCGUAAUCUUUUGGCUUGAUCUGGUUUUUCACUUAGUAUCGACUCCCAUAGCGAAAAACUCCAAACUUGUCGUUCACACACUCAAAAAAUAUUUGGUUUCUUAAUGCCUUAAUCAAACAAGGAAUGAGACAUGAAGAUAUCUUAUUUUUUGGGAAUUCUAGUUCAGCUCUGGAUAGUACAAGCUUUCAACGAAACAGAUGUAGUUCGGGCACCUCGCGCAGAAGAACCAACCGAAGAGCCAGAAACCCCAGUAUGGUACUAUCUUCCUAUAGUAGUUGGAGUACUAGCACUCCUGACUGUCAUCGUUGUUCUCUACAUGAACGGAAAACGACGGGCCAUGAGGAGAAGAAGGCGGCGCGCAGAGCGUCAAACAAUGCACAUCAGUGUCCCAGUAGAGGGCACGUUGACUUCUCUCAUGGGGAAUGCCUCGGUUGAUGUUGUAGCGGUGAAUGCGCGCCCUAUAGGGAACCCGCAGCUCAAGACAAAAAUGCUGCAAACAUUCAAUGACGAGGAAAGCCUUAGCAACUCAUUCGAAAACUACAACGAUGAUGGCAGUGAUGAUGCACUUGGUGCUUUAGAAGACUAUAUCAAUACCAAAGGUCUCGACUAUGGACAGGACUCUCGCACAUCAGUUUCUCAGCCAAAUUUCAAAGGAAAUCAAAACGUAAACACAAAUAUGCUGGGGAAAUUCGAGAACGGUGCCUCAAAGAAAGUUCCCUUCAUUCCUCCCGCUAUCUCUGUGGAGCUCGUCCGAAAGCAAAGCGAAAAAGAUUCUCAAAUCGAAAGAGGAAACAGAAACAAAAAUCACGGAGCUCUUUUGCCAGACUGGGGGCACAGGAAAGAAGAACUGGUUUAUGAGAAUCAAAACUCCGCGUCCGUUCGUGCGGCCAAAUCGUUCGAAAAUUUUAGAGAGCAAGGCCAACAGCCCUUAUACGUGAAUAACACUCAAGCCUUUCUCAUGAAGAAAGAAAAAUCUGGAGAACAUUUCAAUAAGAACCAACCGAUGCCAGAACUUCCUCUCAAACGUAAAUUAAGACGAACAGAUGGACUUGAAGCGCAGACCAAAACCUGGGAAAAAGGAAGAAGCUCGAACUACGAGAACGUUUUCGGAGGCGAGGGCGUCGGUGGGUCGUGGCAGCGAGGCGCAGUGUACCAAAAGAAUAAAAACAGAGCUUAUGUUGUUGGUCAAGGUACAAAAUCUAGUAAUCUGAAGGAUGGCCCAGACUAUGAGAAUGCACCGUCUUUUGGCGGGAAACUUUUAGCGCAAAAAACACAGAUGGCAGCGUCUUGUGGCUCACAGGGUGCGCCUAAAGUAACGUCACAUGAAUCUCGAAGACGAGGUGCUGGGUUCACAAGAGAGGACAACAAGGCCGUUAGACGUAGUAGAUCUAACGUUGACGCAAUGCUUCAACCCGCGGUGUAUACAAACGAAGGUGGACAUUAUGGACAAGGUGCACUUGAAAGUAAAGAGAGUAUUAGCAGCGACAAUCACCAAACUAAUACUGAAAGUCUUAUGCACUUACUGGGACUACCGAUUAACCUUAGCUGUUCAGAUCAAGUAAACACAUGUGAAGAUGAUUAUCUACCCAUGGAUGACUACGAUGAUAACCAGGCAUAAUCUCCGUCAUUUUAGGCUUUAUCUCGAAGUAAAUGAGUCAUUCAUUCCAUGGUUUUUUUAUUUCGUAAACCAUUCUCGUAAUGGCUUACGAGUGCACGAAAAUGAGGCCACACAGUCAUGUCGCAAGCCUGACCAUUCAAAAUAAAGGUGGAUGGCGCGAAUUCAAGUCAAAACAAUUCCUAUACUUUUCUUCUAUACACGCAUUGCAUGUGCUUUUAUAUUUUUUAUUUUGAACUAAUGACUGGGUGACCUCGUUUUCGUGCACUUAUCAGCCGUUAUGAGAAAGGUGCAUACUACGCACGUCUUUGAUAAUCAUCCUCCAUCCUUUUCAACGCUCCAAAAGAAAUGUAUUAAUAAACAUGUAAAUGAAAAAGUUAAUCUCAUAUUUUUCUAAAGUUUGAAACACAGAAACAUUGAACCAGACUGCAAAAAGUGACAAGUAGUUUUACGACAGUACGGAAAUAUAAAUGAUGGCGCCCAGGAAGAUUGCGUGACGACUCUAAACAACAAACAAAACAAAACAUCUUUAUUUGGCACUCCUUGGAUUGAUAUACAAUAAAAUUUAUAAAAUAAUAAUGUAUACAUCAUAGAUGGGCGCCAGCCAUUUAGAAAUAGCAGAGCUAGUCCAGCUAAAUGGCUGGGUCAAACGGGAAAUUAUAGAAGGAAAUGUAUAAAGAUGACAUACUAUUUGAUUGACAGCACCACCAAACCACGAACGAUUGUAACUCCUGUAUAUCUUUACAAGCGGUUAUUAGAUGCAUUUUUUAAUUGUCUAGACAGGCUUAUUGCUAGUUUUCUAGUCAUCCGCUCUUAGUGUUGUCACGCAAAGGUUUCUCCAUAAAAAAACUUUUAGUAACCGGCUGCGUAGAAUAGAUUAUUCCAUGCCCAUUUACAUCAUAUUUCAUAAGAAUACUUGCGCAAUAGAGGUUAUAAUGAAAUUGUAACUUAUUCUUCAGCGUUUACCGCGUUAGUAUUUCCAUGUCAUGCAGACACACUUCAGCCCCAGAGAAAAGAAAAAUGUCAAAUAGGGUUUGGAAGCUGGGAAUAUUUAAAGCUAUUGGAUUCUGAUUUUUAAAAUAAUAAUGAUAUAGAACUGUUGUUAAGGAUUUUAUGAUGCUUACAUGAAGUUUAAUAAUAUAGUUAAUGUUAAUAAACACCCUUAUGAAACAAA